CGUGACACAAUGGCUUGAAAGGUGGAUGACGAGGGACUGCGGCGACGCGAUGGCUGCGGGCGCUGCCGGCGGGAUGGGCAUGGCCGGGUUUGGGGUCGGGGCCUUGCUAUGGGGCUGGGUGCUGCUGGGCUGUGUCUGGCGCCCGGGCCUACUGGGGGCCGACGCCUCUCGCAGUCACGGCCACGGCCACAGCCGCAGCUCCGCCCGCUCCGCAGCCAUCUACCCGCUGGACGACUCGCACGGGCUGGGCCGGGAGUUCGACGGCAUCGGGGCCGUGAGCGGCGGAGGGGCCACCUCUCGACUUCUUGUGAAUUACCCAGAGCCCUAUCGUUCUCAGAUCUUAGAUUUUCUAUUUAUGCCAAAUUUUGGUGCCUCUCUGCAUAUGCUCAAGGUUGAGAUUGGAGGUGAUGGUCAGUCAACAGAUGGUACUGAACCAUCUCACAUGCACUAUGAAAAUGAUGAGAACUAUUUCCGAGGCUAUGAGUGGUGGCUGAUGAAAGAAGCUAAAAAGAGGAACCCCAAUAUUAAAUUGAUUGGGUUACCAUGGGCAUUUCCUGGAUGGAUAGGGAGGGGUGAGAACUGGCCCUAUGAUUAUCCUGAUGUCACUGUUUACUAUAUUGUUUCCUGGAUCUGGGGUGCAAAGCAGUAUCAUGAUUUGGACAUCGAUUAUAUUGGGAUCUGGAAUGAAAGAUCAUUUAAUAGCAAAUAUAUCAAGCUGUUACGAUACACCUUGGAUAAACAUGACCUACAGCAUGUGAGGAUCAUAGCCAGCGAUAGACUGUGGGAACCAAUUUCCAUUGCCAUGCUGUUUGACUCUGAGCUCCAUAGAGUGAUCGAUAUUAUAGGGGCUCAUUACCCUGGUACAAAAACAGUGGAUGCAGCCUUGUUGACUAAGAAGAAACUGUGGUCUUCAGAAGACUACAGCACUUUCAAUGAUGAAGUGGGUGCAGGCUGCUGGGCUCGGGUCAUGAACCAAAACUAUGUGAACGGGAACAUGUCUGCCACCAUUGCUUGGAAUUUGGUGUCCAGUUAUUAUGAAAAAUUGCCUUUUGGUCGAAAUGGAUUAAUGACUGCCCAAGAACCCUGGAGUGGCCAUUAUAAAGUAGAACCUCCUAUCUGGAUCACAGCACAUACAACCCAGUUCACCCAACCAGGCUGGACCUAUCUGCAGGCGGAUGGACACUUAAAAAAAGGUGGCAGCUAUGUAGCUCUGACCGAUGGCCUAGGCAAUCUUACUAUCAUCAUUGAAACUAUGACUCAUAACCACUCUGAAUGUAUCAGACCCCGACUACUUCCUUUCAGUGUGUCAUCUCAGAUAGCAACUUUCUACCUCAAAGGAUCCUUUCAUAAAGUAAAGGCACUUCAAGUAUGGUAUUCGAAGCUUGAUUUUGGAUCUGCAAAUUCCACCCUAUUCCAGCCACUCAGUCCUAUAGAGGUUUUUGAAGGAACAUUUACUUUAAAUCUGGAUGUGGAUGAAGUCUAUACUUUAACCACCCUCAAGACAGGCCAGAAGUGUAUGUACAAGGAACCUCCCCCAUCACAGCCUUUUCCUUCAAAUUACAAGGAUGAUUUCAAUAUCCGUAACCCAGCUUUUAGUGAAGCUCCGAAUUUUGCAGACCAGACUGGAGUAUUUGAGUAUUUUGUCAACACUUCUGACCCUGGGGAUCACAUCUACACACUUCGCCAAGUGGUGGUUCAGCGACCUAUUACUUGGGCUUCUGAUGCAGACCAGACCAUCAGUAUCAUUGGAGACUUCAACUGGGUAAAUAUGACAAUAACUUGUGACAUCUAUAUAGAACGCCCACAUGAUGGUGGUGUGUUCAUUGCAGGAAGAGUAGAUAAUGGUGGAAUAUACGUUAGACGUACCAAAGGAAUAUUCUUCUGGGUGUUUGCAGAUGGUACAUACCGAGUCACUGGUGAUCUUGCUAGAAAAGUUGUUCUGAUGAAGGGGCUCGCUGGUGUCCGAGACAGAACUUGGCACACACUCACUCUGACUCUCAAGGGGUCUUCUGCUUCAGGGUGGCUGAAUGGCUAUCCUCUCUGGGAGAAUGUCCCUGCAUUUAAGCCAAGUAAUGGAUGGGCAGCUAUUGGCACACGUUCGUUUGAGUUUGCACAGUUUGAUAACUUCCAUGUUGAAGCCACUUGAUGUUUCUGGUCCACUGAGAAGCUUGUUCUCCUAUUACUACUUUUUGAAGCCAAUUCAUAUUGAAGGCAAUUUUAAAAUGAUCAUUUAAAAUGCUGUUUUGAGGUUUAUCUUUUGGCAGGAAAUCUGAAUUCUGUCCUAUUUUCUAAAAAUAUGCCUGCAAAGGAGUAAGCAUGUCAGUAAAUUAAUCACAAAGGUUCUCUGAUUUUUUUUUUUUGUUUUGUUUUUAUCCUGGACUAUCCAAUACUAAAUUUUGGUUUAAGAUAGAGAUGAGAUCCGAUUGUGGGUGCAAAUCUUUUUGCAUGUUGAGAUCUGAAUUUCCCAGCUUACUCAAGCUAUUUUAACAGGUUAAAAUGCAGUACAUAGAAGUCUUUUUAGAGCUUCAAUUUUAAAAUAUUUAUAUGGUUAUGGCACCAACUCCCUUCACCCUUCAGAUGAGAAUCAAAUACUAGAUAAUAAAAUGAAUCUCUUUGUCAAAUGACAGGGUUGUUCCCAUUUUCCCUUUCAACAAAGUACUUGGUUGCAUUAUAAUAUGAAGACACUUUUAUAUGUCCCCAAAAGUAGGCUGAAGCCGAGGCUGAGGAAGACGUGACUCAAGUGCAUCAGAAGUAAUUUUCACAGGUGUAGAUGAGACUAUAAAGGCUAGAAGUGAAAAAAAGUCUAAAGACAUCAUCAUUCAGCAGAAUGAAAAACACUGAUCAGGCCCUUUAGGAAGUGCCUUGUUUUUAAACUACCUCUUCCACUAACUUUCAACUUGCUACAUUUUCAUUAGUAGAACUGGAAGUCUACUUUAGCUGGCUGGAACCUUUCCUUUGAAUCUUUGUUUUGCUUCUUAAAUUAGUUACUUUUCCCUUACACCCACCUGGAAAAGCAGAUAUCUUGAUGUGUGCCAGGUGCCCAGAUAAUACAGGGAAGAGCUCAUAUAUAAAUACAGAUGAGCAAUUCUCUCAAGUAUUUGACUUUGGAAAAUGUUGGUCUGCUGGGUGAUAGGGAAAACUCCCCCUAGCAUACUGCCAAAGCAGUGUGAAAUGAAGAGGUCUCAUUCCAGAUGGAGAUGAUACAGCUCUGGAUAUUGAUAAAUGUAACACCUUUUUUUUUUUCCUUUUCAUGUUAGAGUAGGACUCUGAAGUAGGUCACCUGAAAGAGUUGCCUGUGUUCCUAGAAGUUUUUGAGCAUCUUUCACAUAUAACGUGAUGCUCUAAAGACUUGGAUUUGAUUUUUACUUUUGUUUUAGUUGCAUGCAUUGCUGGUGUUUUUGUAUUAGCAUUGUGCCCAUGAGCCUCAGUCAUGCAUUGGGACUCCAUUGUACUAGGCACUGCAAGCUUAGAACAAAGUGAGCUUCUGGGCUAGAAAGCUUACAAAAUCAAGUCUGAGAUGGCAGAUGGAUGACAAUAGACCAGGGACAAGGAAACAAUGGGACAAUGUUUAUUUGCUUAUUUAGCAGUUGUAUGGGCGCAAUAACAAGUAAACUGAAGUUCCAAGAGGGAUUUGAAGGAAGUUAUCCUUGAGGGAACAGACUUUAAUUAUGCUUUAAUAUUUCUACUUUCCAAGUGACUGCAUCAGCUGUGGAGUUUAUCCUUUUCAGGGUGGAUCAGAUCCUGAAGUAUAGAGUGAGAUGUUUGUAUUUUGCUACUCCAGGCUGUGUUUCUGGCAUUGUAUUUCUAUUUGUUGUUCUACUGGGGUCAGUUGACUGGAAGGGACUUCAGGUGUUAUCUAGUCCAAACCCUACACAAUUCCUAAACCAUCCCAGGCAUACCUCUUUGUCAUCUUAAUACCAUGGGGAAAUGGACAUUUGUCUUGUCAUGAUAUGAGGGAAAACCUUCCAGUUCUGCUAAUUGACUGACAUUUCAUAUUUCACUUCUGUUCUAACUGACAAACUCCUGAGUUGUUAAGGUGCUGAAACCUAUACAAGCUUACUUUCAAUAGGGCUGUCUCUUGUUUUGAGAGGCAGACCUAAACACAGAGUACACUUCUGAUCUACUCUUUGCUAAAAGAUGCAUUCUGCUAAACAGCUGAUUGUUCAGUCCCUGAGUGGUCAUUUAAAGCAGGCCACUUUUCAGGUUCAUAUUUUGCAGUUUGAAGGUGGCAAGUAUUUUGGCAAUUGCUUUUAGAGAGAGAUCUCAUGAUUCAUCACACUAGAACUAGAGUAGUUAUACUGACACUUCUAGUGGCUAGGUGUAUGUAAAGCAUUGCUUAUAAAGAGUCUCAUACAUUCAAGUAACUUUUAAACAAUAAGCUAGGACAUUAACCUUUAAAAAAAAAAAAAAAAAGUAAAACAGUGUCUCUAGUUGUAAUCGAACUCCUUUUUUUAAAUGGGUGAAAAAUAUUAAGCUGAAACUAAGAUGUAAAUAAUAACUGUCCUAUUUCCAGACAGACUUAAAUGGGAGCUCAAAUUUUCAGUUCUAAAAAAUUGGAUCACUUUUUAAAAAUACAUUUAGGCAUAACUUAAGUUGAAAAAUGUUCAAGCCAAACUUAAAAGGGAACUAGAAGUCCUUUUUUUUUUCUGACAGGAGAUUUGUGACAGAUUUCUUGGUAUCUCUGGCUAAAGGCUCAGUUUGUGAGGAUGAGGGACCAUCGAUAAUGUAACUGUUCCAAAGAAAGUAGAUCAAUUUUGAACUCUUCCCCAUCUCCCCCCCUUUCUUUUUUUUUUCUUCUUUUUUUUUUUUUGCACUAGUUUAUGACCAGUUGUACUGUCUUUAUUGUGUGCUAAAUGUAUUAUACAUGAUAACUGGGAAUAUUGUUUUUUAUAGUGUUUAUUUAUAAAAUGAAAAAUUGGGGAAUUCAAAUGUUCGAUUUUCAUGAAAACUGUUUUAGUGAAUUAAUGUUGCAUACUCAUCUUGCGCAUCUUUUACCUUCAGUAGACUGCAAUACACUUGGCAAAAGCAGAUAAGCUGUGAAAUGUUGCAGUGAGGGGCAGAUGUGUGUGUUUGAUUAUGAAUACUAAUCAUUCCAAAUGAGCAAAUAAAGCACUUUAAAAAUCUU